AUGGCUCGCCGCGCGCAGCUGGUGGUGGCGACGGCCGUCGUGGCCGCGGCGGUGCUGCUAGCGGCAGCAACCUCCUCCGAGGCGACCGUGACGUGCGGCCAGGUCAGCUCCGCCAUCGGGCCCUGCAUCCCCUACGCCCGGGGCAGCGGCAGCGCCCCCUCGCCGGCCUGCUGCAGCGGCGUCCGGAGCCUCAACUCGGCCGCCAGUACCACCGCUGACCGGCGCGCCGCCUGCAACUGCCUCAAGUCCGCCGCCGCCCAGGUCGGCGGCCUCAUCGCCGGCAACGCCGCCAGCAUCCCGGCCAAGUGCGGCGUCAGCAUCCCCUACACCAUCAGCCCCUCCAUCGACUGCUCCAGGUCUGCAUCUCUACCGGCCAUAUAUCAUCCAUCAUGCAUCUCUGUGACUAUAACAGGUGGGAUUAUUAAUGACGACGUGCAUGCAUGCAUGUACUGA